AAUUCUUCAAUAUUUGCUGUAGUUGCUCAGAUCACCCUUAUUUUCGGCACUGAUCGCGCAUAUCCUCGUGUUUGCGUUUUCCACUUAAUUCUGUUGCUUGCACAGUUGACCAAAAAAGAAAAAAUGAAUAUGAGUACAGAAACCAACUCUGUCAACCACACCAUUAUUGGUGGAGAUGAUGCAAGUUCUACUCCCUCUUCUCCAGAGAGCCCAUCAUUUGAUGAUUCUGACUUGCUGUCAUCUUCUGCUGUGGGAGACUAUGUAACAUCUCAGCUUGCUGCAGCUGGUCCCAUUGGUGUAGCAGCAGCUGCAGCAAUUGCUACUGGUAAGAGAAGAAAGAAAUCUUAUAUCUUUGAAACCAAUCCUUCCAUUAGAAAGCGUCAGCAGAGUCGUCUUCAGAGGAAACUCAAAGCAAUAAUUGAUGAGUACAGGACUAGAGUGGGACAACAGGCUAUAGUGCUGAUUGCCACUCCAGGAAAACCACAAAAUAACUUCAAGGUUUUUGGUGCUCACCCACUGGAGAAUGUGGUUAGAAGCUGUCGGCAUAUGAUUGUUCAAGAACUUGAAUCAGCCCUUGCUGAGCAUGUGCCACCACAGCACACUGAUGACAUAUCUAUGUAUGAGCUUCCUCCAUUAGUGAUAGAUGGAAUUCCCACACCAGUAGAAAAGAUGACACAGGCUCAGCUUCGUGCCUUCAUUCCACUCAUGUUGAAGUAUUCAACAGGCCGGGGCAAGCCAGGCUGGGGAAAGGAAUCAACUAGACCCCCAUGGUGGCCAAAAGACGUUCCUUGGGCCAAUGUUCGAAGUGAUGCUCGAAAUAAUGAGGAGAAGCAAAAGGUUUCAUGGACUCAUGCCCUGCGACAGAUUGUUAUGAACUGUUAUAAAUAUCAUGGACGAGAAGACUUAAUGCCUGCUUUCAACAAUGAAGAGGAAAAGGACAAAGGAAAGACAAUGUUUGCUCAUCCUGUAACACAUUAUUCUCCAACAAUGGUGCAAACAAUCAAUAACUCUGAUGGUACUGUAUCAGUUAUACAAGUGGAGGCAGGCAACACUGUUGUCACUCUUCCUGAGGGAACUCAAGCCCAGUUUCAAGCUUUGAAUGCAAUUCCAAACUCCCAAAGAGAUGUUCAUACUUUAGCUGAAGUAGCUGUUGCUUCACAGCAAGAUGAUGGUGAAACAAGGACUCACCAAGUGACACCACUAAGUGUUGAUCUGCGUGGAGAAGUAACUGCACAAGCCAUGGCAACACUAGCAGAAGCAACACUCAGUUCUGAUGGACAAAUUAUUCUUACAGGAGAAGAUGGAACACAAACAGCAUUUCCCGUUUCUGGCAUGGUGACCAUUCCUGUUUCCAUGUAUCAAACUGUAGUGACCAGCAUUUCACAGUUGACUGAAGGUCAAGCUUCUCAUGAAGGACUUAUGGCCCACAUUACAGUUGGAAACUCAACAGACACCAGUGGGAAUGGAACUAGAGCUAUUGAUGGAUCUGACAGGAUAAAUGAAUCUGUCUCUGUAGCCUCUAGUGGGGGCUCAGGAGAUAGUUAAGUUUACAAUGGAAUUAGUUAGUGUCAUUUUUGAAAUCCUAUUUAUAUGGUGUAUUUGUUGUAACUGUAAGAAGACAGGAAAUGUAGAAUGAUAAGGUGUUCACUCUAUGUUAAACCAGUGCUUAAUAGAAAUCAAACUUGAAAUCUUUGUCAAAGUAAAGUUGUAGUUAAACCUUCAUUUGUUAGUUACCAACACAGUUGUUGUUUUAUAAAAAAAUUUUACCUAGUCAAAAAAAACAGAUAACCUGAAUGAGCUGAUGAAUGUUGACACCUUAUGAUAUUAGCCAUUACAACAAGAUGCAUGGUUGGAGCAGUCUGUCCAUACAUAUUUGGGUACAACAACUUGAAAUUACUCAGGAAAAUUAUAACUUACAGUUGAUGAUUGAAAAAACUGAUGUUUUUUGGUCUUUAUCUUACAAACUGCUUGUUGUCUAAAAUGUUCAUACUGUUCUAUAAUUACCUGCAAGUAUUGAAAGUGAGUUUAUACACAACUGGUUUUACUAUGAAAUGCACAUAUUGAGUGAAGAGCUAGUCAGUCAUAAAACUAAGAAUUAUAUAAUAGAUUAAUAAUGUCAUUGUAAAUUAAUUUAUGUUGUUCUUUGUUAUAUUUUUAAAUACUGAUGUUUCAUUGCUUGAUAAUAUUUGUAAGAUAUUAAAACUUAUUGACCUGACAAUCAGACGACACCUGUUGCUUGUACACCUACAAAUAUCUGCACUAAUUGCAAAAGUAUAAAGAAUAUAUUGGUUGUUCCAAAUUCUGCCACAAGCCUUACUAUAACCAAGAGCUGUUAUUCAUUUAUAAUAUGAAUAUUUAGGUUGAUUAUGUUAGAAACUAACGCUCUUACGUUAUCAUUAUACGUCAAAGUAACUUAAUUAAUAUCUAAAUUUAUCAUAAAGGUGGUUUUAUCAAGGAUGAAGUCAUUCAAUCUUUUCAGAAUUAUAAGGAUGCAGAAUACCUCCAUUGAAGUUCCAUCUGCAUGUAGGGCUUUUAUAGUUAUAGAUGUAAGUAUCUCAAUUAAAAAAGACUUGAGUAUAUACUGUGUACUCACUGCAUUGUAAGCCAUGCCUUACAGAGAGCUUCACUGUAGCUCCCAGAAAAUGUCAGAUAAUCUUCAAGAGUAUGAAAUGAAAGAAGCAAACAAAAGAUUACAAGUUUCACUGUUAUGUCCCAUAAGUUCAACAACAUGGAUUAUUAGAUAUAAUCUUCAAAUUAUUUAGCAAUAAAUAAUAAUUUUGAUUUCAGUUUUCAGAUAUCCUAAUCACCACUACAUGUAUCCUAAAAAUAUGGAGAUUGUCAAAUAUUUUCUUUUCUUUCCUACUUUUAAUUGUUAUUGUUUCCUAACAAUGUUGAGAGUAUUAAACUUUUCUUUUGUACUUUACAUUAUUAUUGACUCCUAACAAUGUUGAGAUUGUUAAAAAUUUUCUUUUAUACAUUACAUUGUUAUUGGCUAUGCUAAAUAACAAAGAUUUAAGUAAUAAAAGUGCAUAUAGAAACCAUUGACUGUGAAUUUGUUAAAUUCUUUUCCAGUGGAAAUAAAGAAUGCAAGCAUUCCACAUCUAUAUUUGAAAUUUAAAUUUACUGUCAUUUAUACUUGAAUUAGUUUAGUUCCUUAGGAAAAUGAACAUUCCAACUUAUUUUUUAUAAAUUUAAGCUAUAGAGAUAACCUGAACUAUACAGUGUGACUUUGUAACUUGUAAAGCUUGAGAUAAACAGAAAAGCAUGCAUUGAAUAUUGUGAAAAAAACAUAGUAAGUUAAAUAACACGUGUAAGUUGAAGAGCCAAUUUCUUGUUUCUCACUACACAUUGUAAUAAGUGUAACAUUUAUUCUUUACUAAGCUGUCUGUUCUGAAAACUGUCAUUUCAUCUGUGAUAUGGACAGACCUGGAAAGGGAGUAUAUUACAGCUAGUCUAUAUAUAUUAGCAGGAAGAAUGAGAAGGAAAUGUGCUUCAGGUAAAGUAUGGUAUUAGUAGGUAGACUGGAGAGAAAGCAUGCUUCAGGUAAAGUAUGGUAUUAGCAGGUAGACUGGAGAGAAAGCAUGCUUCAGGUAAAGUACAGUGUCGGCAGGAAGACUGGGAAGGAAAUUGUUUAUAUCAAGAUUAAUGUAUAACUGUAGUGAAUGAUUUUGGAACAAGUUAAUAUCUGCAGCUUCAAUAGUUAUCUUGUUGCCAAUAAAGAUUUGGGUAAUUUAAAA